AUGCAUUUCAAUAUAUUCAUAUCUAUCUAUCUAUCUAUCUAUCUAUCUAUCUAUCUAUCUAUCUAUAAAACUAAGUAUUUCAAUCUAUCUAUCUAUCUGUCUAUCUAUCUAUCUAUCUAUCUAUCUAUCUAUCUAUCUAUAAAAACUAAGUAUUUCAAUCUAUCUAUCUAUCUAUCUAUCUAUCUAUCUAUCUAUCUAUCUAUAAAACUAAGUAUUUCAAUCUAUCUAUCUAUCUAUUCUAUGUAUUUCAAUUUAUUCAUAUCUAUCUAUCUAUCUAUCUAUCUAUCUAUCUAUCUAUCUAUCUAUCUCUCUCUAUAUAUAUGCUCUUGCCUGAUCUCCCCAAGACGCACUACCCACGCCUUCCCCGACAACGACACCGCGGCUAAACUGAUGUCAAGAUGUCACAAGUAUGCUGAAAGUUGUGUGGCGACAUUAGGUCGCGAGCCAAAAGUCAGGAACAUGAAUGAAAGAAGAAAGGAAUGCACUGAUCGCGACAAGGAGAGAAUCGGCAGGUGCGAGCGUGCACAGUCUCGAGCGCUGGCACGCAUGCGUGAAAUGCAACUGAAUAGGAAAUGUAUCUGGAAUAAACGUACACUAUCUAUCAAUCGCAAUCUGCUCAUAUUUGCCUAUCUAUCUAUCUAUCUAUCUAUCUAUCUAUCUAUCUAUUACCAUCUCUCACCCUCUCUCUCUCGCUCUAUCUAUCUCAGAGUGUUCAUAUCUAUCUAUCUAUCUAUCUAUCUAUCUAUCUAUCUAUCUAUCUAUCUAUCUCGCUCUCUCUCUAGUUCUAUCACUCUCUCUCUCUCUCUCUCUCUAUCUAUCUAUCUACGUAUGUCUAUCUAUCUAUCUAUCUAUCUAUCUAUCUAUCUAUCUAUCUAUCCCAGUCUGUUUCUUUAUAUCUAUCUAUCUAUCUAUCUAUCUAUCUAUCUAUCUAUCUAUCUAUCUAUCUAUCUAUCUAUCCCAGUCUGUUUCUUUAUAUCUAUCUAUCUAUCUAUCUAUCUAUCUAUCUAUCUAUCUAUCUAUCUCUCACCCUCUCUCUCUCGCUCUAUCUAUCUCAGUAUGUUCAUAUCUAUCUAUCUAUCUAUCUAUCUAUCUAUCUAUCUAUCUCGCUCUCUCUCUAGAUGUAUCUAUCUAUCUAUCUCUCUCUCUAGUUCUAUCACUCUCUCUCUCUCUCUAUCUAUCUAUCUAUCUAUCUAUCUCGCUCUCUCUCUAGAUGUAUCUAUCUAUCUAUCUCUCUCUCUAGUUCUAUCACUCUCUCUCUCUCUAUCUAUCUAUCUAUCUACGUAUGUCUCUUGUCUCUAUUUAUCUCAGUAUGUUCUAUCUUUCUUGGUAUGUUCAUCUCUCUCUCUCUCUCUCUCUCUCUCUCUCUAUCUAUCUAUCUAUCUAUCUAUGUUUCUCGCUCUCUCUCGCCCCAUCUAUCUCUCUCUCUCAGUAUGCCUUAUCUAUCAUUUUAUGUUCAGAUCUAUCUAUCUAUCUAUCUAUCUAUCUGUCUUUCUUAGUCUGUCUGUGUGUCUUCGCCACAUUCCUCCCAGCGUCUGCAUUCGGUAUGUAGACGUGGGGUUUGUGGGGGAGGGGGAGGUGCACGGUUGUUUCUUCCUAGUCACAGAUCUACUUCUGUCGAAGUGUUUUUCUUUGUCAUAUUAUCCUUGUUACAUUCUCUGUUACAUGAUCACUUGA